AUGCCAAUCCUGCCCCGACGACUUACUCCUGGUCCCGCAGCAAAAACCAACAAACUGACUCUUGACAGUCCCAAACAUGUGACAGUUAAAGCCAAUCCUGGUUUUGAUGUGAAGGAAAAUGUGUUGUUGACACUGAGCUGUUCUGCCGAGUCCAACCCACCAGUGAGCUCUGUCACCUGGAGGAAGACGACUGAUGGGAGAGAGGAAAUCAUCCAACAGACUCAGACUCAGACCUUCAGGGUGAAUUCAGCCAGUCCCUCUGACAGUGGACUGUACAGCUGUGAAGCCACCAAUGACAUUGGAAGUGGAAAGUCACAGCCAGCUGAGGUUAAAGUCAGAUUUUCUCCAAAACACACACACAUCACGGAGUCGGCAGAGAAGCAGGAGCUUGACGGGAGGAGCUCCGUGAUGCUGAGCUGCUUCAGUCACAGCUUUCCCCCAGUCCAACACUACUCAUGGUACAGGAGGAGUCAGGGAGAGGAGAGGAUGGAAAUUGUGUCCGAGCAUCAAAACCACACAGUGUACUCAAACCAGUCAGGAGUCUACUACUGCAUCGCAAAAAAUGAAGUAGAUCACAGUUUGUCUGAUCCCGUCCAUCUGUUUGAACGUGAGUGAAUUUCAAGGUCUUAUAACUGUGUGUUUUAUUGCUCAGGAGACAUGUGGGAGGUUUAUAUCAGAUCAUGAUUUCUGGUUGUUCGUCCAUACGUCCUAUGUUUGUGAACAUGACAUCUCUAGAAGGUCUUGAGGGGAUUUCUUUAAACCUUAAAUGUAAAUGUUCAGUGUGAUUCAGGAAUGAAAUUAUAAGAAUGUGGAGGUCAAAGGUUAAGAUUGUGUCCUCACAAAACUGUGAACUCACAAGGCAUACUUACACAAACCUCAACUUUCGAUGAGAACUCAAAACUGUGAAGUGAUUAGAUAUCAGUGGUCAAAGGUCACAGUGGCCUCAUCAGAAUCUUGGUUGAUGGAGGUAAACAUCUGCGGAACAGUAUUUCUAGUUCAGUCUUAAAUAAAUAUCUACACAAGGAAUAAAGUUUAAACUAAUUCUCCAUGUUCACAAGUCUAUAUGAUGCUCUCUCUCUUUUGACCACAGGAGACUAUCUGGAGAACCUGAGGUUCCUCAUUGUUGCUCUACUUCUCCUGAUGAUUAUCAGUGUAAUUGUGGUAAA